UUGUACUCCUGCCCAAGGCAGGAACUGAGAUGCACACAGAACUGAGAAAGAUGAAGAGACCACAUCAGCCAGGGUGGGACAUCUACCAUGGAAAUGUGUCUGUCACAUACCCCCUCAGUGGUAUUAAGCUACAGAGUGAGAAGGUACAGGCAAUUACUUUAUCAUCCAUAUCCAGGCUGAGGAUCAUGCAGAAGGUUUGUCUCUGGGUAGAUUUUGGAAGAGCACCGACCUGAUGUGAUAAGUGGCUGUCAGCUCCAUGUGUGCUUCAUCACAACACAGAAGGUCUGACUUCUGGCACUGAGAGUUAGUCCCUGUUUCAAGUGAUUCCAGGAACAACCUGCUGGUUUCCAGUAGGGUCCUAAUCAAACAUUUGCACUUAAGCUCCUCCGCAUGGCCAGAGGCAACAGAGAGAAUGUCACAGAGGCAACAGAGAAGAUGUCACAGCUGCUAUGGAAAUGGCUGAAGAUUGUCAGCUUCUUUGGCUGAAUAACAGAGAUGAUCCUUGUGAACCCUAUUUCAUCAAUAUUUGCUUUGUUUCCUCCUUUAUUUUGGUUGGCUCUAAUUUUUAUCGGGUCUGUGUAAUGUUUAACGUCUCUAAUUAAGCAGAAGAUGAUGAAGCAGUAUAAGUAGAAGUGUGCAAAACAGCAUGGUCAGCUGAAUGCAACGGGGCUUCUGAUUUUUACAUACAGGUUUACUGGAUUUCGCCCUUUUUUUCACUAUGAAAAAGAGAAUAAUUUGAAAAGAAGAUGAAGUGUCUCCUGUGCCUGUGUUUACUCCUUGCUGUUCUUUGUGCUGUAACCCAUUGCUGCCCUGAAGACAUUUGCCAUGAAGUCAACAAUACCAAUCUGCAGGAUGGAAGAGAAAAUUUAUUAACAUAUAGCUGUGACAAGAAAGGCUCUAACUAUGCAGAUUUUGUAUUUAGGUUUUACAAGCAGGCUUCAUUAAAAGAAGCUGAUAAAAACGUGUUCUUUUCUCCUGUGAGCAUUUCAACUGCCUUUGCCAUGCUGGCUGUUGGUGCUAAAUCAACCACUCUGUCUCAGAUUUUUGAAGGACUGGGCUUUGAUGACCUGACUGAGACUCGCAUAAAUGAUGUACAUGAAAGUUUUCACAAAGUUUUGUCAGUACUGAACUGUGCUGAUGUUAAUAUCACAUUAAAUAUAGGGAAUGCCCUUUUUACAGCUACUGGGUAUGAACCACAGGAGUCAUUUUCACAAAAUACUAAAAAAUUUUAUAAUGCAGAUUUUUUCUCCAGUGAUUUUCAUAAACCAGAAGAAGCUACAAAGCAAAUCAAUAAAUAUGUAGAGGAGAAAACCAAGGGGAAAAUUCCUGAAUUAGUUGAUCAUCUUGAUCCAAGUACUGUACUGGUUCUUGUUAACUAUAUUUACUUUAAAGCUGCCUGGGAAAAGUCUUUCGAUCCUUUGCAUACAUAUGAGGAUGAUUUUUUUGUGAACCCAAAUGCAUCUGUUAGAGUCAACAUGAUGCAGCGUGAUGGUAUCUCAACCUUUUACUAUGACCACGAUCUCUCCUGUGUGGUGGUAGAACUGCCUUACCAGGGCACUGCAAGAGCAUUGCUUAUUCUGCCUGAUGAUGGAAAGAUGAAGCAAGUGGAAGAUGCUCUUUCCAAGGAAACAGUUUGUAAAUGGGAUAGCAAACUUGUGACCAGGAGAUUAAAACUGCAGUUACCAAAGUUUUCUAUUAGUGGGUCUUACGAUGUUAAAACCCUGUUUGAGCAAAUGGGUAUUACUGAAGUGUUCUCAGCUAAUGCUGAUCUGUCUGGAAUUAGUGGCAACCACAAUCUCCAGGUUUCACAAGCAGUUCACAAGGCCUUGCUGGAAGUUGAUGAGGCUGGAACUGAAGCUGCAGGAGCCACUGCCAUAAUCUUUACCAGACUUUCCUAUACUCCUACCGUCAAAUUCAACAGGCCUUUCCUUAUUUUGAUCUCUGACAAACAAACUGGCACCACACUUUUCAUGGGGAAAAUUGUUGAUCCUACUAAGGAGUAAUCGCUGGGUUAUUCGGCACACUGAUCUUGGCUACGGGUUAUAAUGGUUACAGCGUUUGCAGUUUUGGCUAGGUAGUGCUGCUAACUAGUCUCUGAUUGCGGAUAUUCAGAAGUAAAUGAGAAAUUUUCUUAUCAAAUUAAUUAAAAAAAAAUUGUAAAAAAUCACCAUAAACUGACACUUUUAAAAUAUAACAUUUUCCCCAGUUGAAUAAUUGUAUUGGGUUUGCAUGGCAAGGUUUUGGUAGUGGGGGCCUGUGUGGUCCCUAUAGGAGUGGCUUCAAUAAGAAACUGCCAGAAGCUUCCCUCAUAUCAGACAGUCAAUGCCAGCCCACUCCAAGAUGGAUCUGCUGCUGCUGAAGGCUGAGCCAAUCAGGAAUGAUAGUAACACCUCUGUGGUAACAUAUUUGAGAAGGGAAUAAAGUUUAUCCUCAAUGAAUCUGUUCUUUUUCACAUGUUACAGCUCUUUGCCUAGGACAUCUUAAGAAAUCAUUGACAAAAAAAGAAAGAGAAUAAUCCCUAAAACAAUGGAGUUAUUCUGAUGUAGUUCUUAUUGCAAGUGCCUCUUUGCACUCCACAAGGUUGGCAAAAAACUUUAAGAGACAGUAACAUUAGGCAUAGCAUAAACUGUUAAAGAAUUGUCUGUGAAAAAACAU